AAAAACAACUAUAAUUAAUUAUUCGUUCAUCUCGAAAAACAAAUAUUUAUUUUAUUCAUUUAAAUAUUUUUUUUAUUUGUGAGUAAUACCUACUGCCUUGAAUAUGGAUUACAGAUAAUAAUAUAUAAUAUACAAAACAUUUAUUGACGAUUUGAAUUAUAGAUACUUUCUGUAUCGACACUUUGAAGCGACAUAGUUUUUUCCAAUAUGGUGGCUAGAGGAGGCAAAACGAGAUUAAUUGGAUUCAUUUGCAUGGUUUUGGUUUUUUCGGCUGUAUUAUACGUGUUUCAUGAAACGCAAGUGGAAUUAGAUGGUGUCCGUCAUUCAGCUUCCUCGUGCACGCAUCAGCUAGAGUCAAUAUCAUCUCAAUUACAAGUUAUCGUUGAACAUAAACUAAAAUUAGAGAGGUCAUUAGCAGAAGAAAAACAUGAACAUUUAAAAACCAAGGAGGACCUUAAUGCAGCAAUUCAAGAUGAGAAACAGCUGCGUGAUAAACAAAAUGUUGACUCUAUGAAUCGAUAUAAUGAGAUAGAACGAAAUCAUGAAGUAUUACAGGAAGAGGAAAAAAAUUUAAGAGAAGAAUUGGAAAAAUUGAAAUUAAAAUACUUGAAAGAAGAAAAGAAAAAUAAACAACUUACUCAAGAAUUAAAUGAUGCACAAAACAGAAUACAAAAUUUCAAGAAUGAAAAAAUGAAAUCUGAAAGUGAAAAAGAAAACUUAGAAAAUAACCAAAAUAAUAACUUACAAAAAUCGAGUGAAUUUUCAAACAUAAAAUUUAUUCAGAAAACAAAUGAUAUUAUGAAUGUUACAAAAUUGAAAAGUGGUUCUGUAACUCCAGCCAUUAAUCCACAAGCAAUCGAUGGAGCUACUGCUAAGAGUUCAACGCCAAUGAUAAGUUCAAAAGUGAUUUUUACAAACAAAUCAUUACCUACUGAAAACGAUGAAGCCAAUCCAAUUAAUCAACCUAUUAUUAUGGACAUCAGUUCUGAUAAAGUACCCAAUAAUGUUUUGGUCUCACAAAAUGAAACUAGUUCAACUCAAGAAUCUCAAGUUGGUGGAAAUGAAUCCAUGAAAGCUAUGCCUGCUCCACCUCAAGAAGAGACUGUUAGGAAAGAUACAUUAAAUAAUAAUGAAGAAGAAAAAUUAUCAAAACAAAAAAAUAAUUCUUAUAAAUACGAAUAUGAACAAGAACAUUUCAAAGAAGAUGGUGAGAUUGACAAAGACGAUGAAGAUAUGAACGAUUUUGAUACUAGAGAAGAUGGUCAUCAACAUGCAAAUAAAUAAUUUAAUUUAUAUUUAUAAUUUAAAGUAUGUACCUUUAUAAUAGGGAUAGGCAACUCAGUUACUAGAGGGCUAAUUUUUAAAACUUUAAAAUCUAGCAGGCAAAUCUAUCAUUUCUAAUAGAGUAUAGAAAGUAAAAAAAUUCUCAAUUUAAAAUUUACUAUCAACAUUUAUUUUUUAUUUUUAUUUAUUUAUAUUUACAAUGUGUUGUAAUGUUAAUGUAAUAAAAUAAAAUACAAGUAAAUGCUGAAAAUGUACCAUGGCCAGAUUAAAAACGUAUCGCUGGCCACCAGUUGCCUAUCCCUUUUUAAUAAUAAAAACUUAGAUAUUUAAAUUAAAAUACUUAUUAAGUAUUAAUUGUAUUAUUUUUUUUAUUUAACAGGAUAAUCAAUGAUCUUAUUUCUAUAAAAGCUAUAUUAUUAUGUAGUUUAUAAGUAAUUGUUUAUACAUUUUUUUAUUAUUAUAAAAAAAGAAAAGAAUAUACCAUUGUGUCAUACUUAAGAUUAUUCAACCAGCUCAAAUUAUUAAAUUAAAUUAUGGUUGGAACUCCUAAAAUAUUAGUAUUUAUUUAUUGAAGUGGUUUGUUCUAAGAUCCUUUUAAAUAGUUUUAUACUUUCAUAUAUUUUUUAUCAUUUUAAUGUAAAUAAAUAUAACAUUAUAAAAUGUCUAUUAUAAUAUAUAGUAAAUAGAGUUGUAUCGAUGUAUUAUAUUUAAUGUUAAUCUGAAUAUUACAAAAUUUUUGCAGUAGUUUUCAAAUAUUCAGAUUCCAAGCAAUUAAUAAUUAUAAAGAAAACAAUUAGUUUUACAAUAGUAUUAUUUUUAAUUUAUAUUUCUUUGAUUUACUUUUUGGAGUAUUAAAAAUGUUUCAUAAAUUAAUAUAAAUAUUUUAUAGGAGUACAAUGCUCUUAUACAAUUUAUAAAUUAACACUUAAGUAUGUAUAAUAUUUUAUAAUAUAUUAUUAUUAAUUAUUGAUUUAACAUAAUAUUAUAUUUUUUUGAUAGUGGCAUAAUAUUUAUAUAAGAAUAUGAUUUGUUUGUUGCACUGUUUGUUUUUUUUCUGGCCCAUAUGAAAAAUAGAAAAACCCAUUUCACACAUAAUCAUUUUUUUUUUUUUUGUUAUCUAAGUAAAAUUACCUACUACAAAAAUGUUAGGGAUAAUAGAUUUAUUUGAGAAAAUAUUCAAAUAAAUCAAUGUCAUACUGUUUUAAAUUUUAGAUUUUAUUUAGAGAUUAUUAAAAGCCAAAAAAAAAAUAUUAUUUUGCGUGAAUGCAUUUUGCCUAUAUUGUAUAUGGACCUGAGAGAGAAAACAAACAGUGUGCUGACAAUCUGACAUCCACGUCUUAAUAAUACUAACGAACAUGGAGCAUAGAAUUUAUGCAUCUUAUAUUAAUUUAUCUAUUGUACCUAUUCUGUGAUAAGAAAAAUAAUAUGCUAGCUGUUCUAGCACCAAAAACAUUAAAUAAAUUAAAUAUUUAAGAAUA